AUGGGCUUCAUGGCAUCCAAGAUCUCCUCAGCAGGUGUAAUGUCUGACUCCCCCAGGGUGCAGACCUCAGCAGGUGUAAUGUCUGACUCCCCCGGGGUGCAGACCUCAGCAGGUGUAAUGUCUGACUCCCCCGGGGUGCAGACCUCAGCAGGUGUAAUGUCUGACUCCCCCAGGGUGCAGACCUCAGCAGGUGUAAUGUCUGACUCCCCCGGGGUGCAGACCUCAGCAGGUGUAAUGUCUGACUCCCCCAGGGUGCAGACCUCAGCAGGUGUAAUGUCUGACUCCCCCGGGGUGCAGACCUCAGCAGGUGUAAUGUCUGACUCCCCCAGGGUGCAGACCUCAGCAGGUGUAAUGUCUGACUCCCCCAGGGUGCAGACCUCAGCAGGUGUAAUGUCUGACUCCCCCAGGGUGCAGACCUCAGCAGGUGUAAUGUCUGACUCCCCCAGGGUGCAGACCUCAGCAGGUGUAAUGUCUGAAUCCCCCAGGGUGCAGACCUCAGCAGGUGUAAUGUCUGACUCCCCCAGGGUGCAGACCUCAGCAGGUGUAAUGUCUGACUCCCCCAGGGUGCAGACCUCAGCAGGUGUAAUGUCUGAAUCCCCCGGGGUGCAGACCUCAGCAGGUGUAAUGUCUGACUCCCCCAGGAGCUGGAUUCCAAAAAUCAUCAAGAAAAGAGUCUGCACUACCUAUGUCCAAGACACUUUGAGUAAUGGAGCGCUCUGCCAGUGCGGCGUUGUGCGGGAAGUCCACGACUCGGUGGCCACAGGAGACUACUUUGGAGCAGCGAUUGUUACUCAGUGGGACAGCAGGCAGCACUCGUCUGAAUAUCCCACUGACGCUUUUGGAGAACUGGAGUUUGCUGGAGCUGGACGCAGACAUAGCCAUUUUCUGCGGCUUUCAUGCGACACACCUCCACAGAUCAUCUAUACUCUGAUGACAGCACACUGGCGCUUGCCCUUACCCAACCUGGUGGUUUCAGUGGUGGGGGGUGAGGGGCAUGAAAAGAUCAAGCCAUGGGUGAGAGACAUCCUGAGAAAAGGGCUGAUACGGGCUGCACAGAACACAGAGACCUGGAUUUUGAUGGGAGGUCUGAGAGAGGGAGUGUCCCGCUGCGUAGGAGAGGCUGUGAAAGACCAUGGGGCCGUGGCUUCAGCUGAAUCCCAGAAAAAGGUCAUUGCCAUCGGAGUGGCCCCUUGGGGUCUGGUGUACAACAGGAAGCAGCUUGUCAAUGCCCAGGGAAGUUUCCCAGCUCGGUAUUACGUCCAGAACACGACACAUGACACCAACUGUUUGGACAACAGCUGCCAAGCCUUCCUCCUGGUGGACGAUGGCAGCGUUGGUCAGCGAGGUGGAGAGGCAGCCUUUCAAGCUAAUCUGGAGGACUACAUUUCCCAUCAGCGCACAGGCAUUUGGGGCAGCGGCAGUAUUGAAAUCCCAGUCCUCUGCAUGCUAGUGUCAGGAGAGGCCAGUGUUCUGGAGAGAUUAGACAUGUCUCUGAAGAAGCUGACGCCCUGGCUGGUUCUGGCUGGUUCCGGUCCAGCAGCUGAUUUUAUUAGCGACUUGGUUGACGACCAGUCGGCUGUGAUGCUCAGCCGUACCUCUGCUCCAGCUGAUGAAGAGGCCGUCAGUGCAGACAUCUGCGAAAGAGUCCGUGACAAAGUCUGCAAACACUUCCCAGAUCAGGCCGAGCCAGAAAAACUGGUCAACAGUGCUCUAAGUAUUUAUCAGGGGAGAGACCUCAUCACUGUUUACGAUGGGAAGCAGGAGGGAGCCGAUGACUUUGACACAGUUCUUCUAAAAGCACUGGUCAAAGCUAGUAAGCGUGUGUCCAGUAAGGCCAGUGAGUACAAAGAGGAGCUAAAACUGGCUGUGGCCUGGAAUCGAGUGGACAUCGCCAAAGCUGAACUCUUCAAUGGAGACAUACUAUGGAAGUACGACGAGCUCAAGGACUCGAUGACGGAUGCUCUGAUCAAUGAUAAGCCCCAGUUUGUGCGUCUCUUUUGUGAAAAUGGUCUCAACAUCCUGGAAUAUUUGACACAUGAGCGCUUGGAGAGUUUAUAUCGCUCACUGUCAGACAGCUUGCUGGUUUACAAUCUGCUCAAGAGGCUUUUGAGUGAAAGGCAGAGCCUGGCUGGAUCCCUGCCCUCUGUGGAUGGAGCUGCACCAGAUGUCUGGAUGAACACCAAUACUUCUCACAGUCCUGCUGUCUCAGCAUCAGGUCUUAGCCUGUUUGAGGUCUCCCGUCUGCUGCAGGACCUUCUAGGUGAUGUCUGUGAGCCGUUCUACUACAGUGCUUUGGAACUGGACCCUAGAACUGGCACUAGAAAAUCACUAAAGCAAGUCAACAAGAUCCUGCAGGGGGAGUGUACCUACCGGAAGCAGGCCUGCCCCUCACCCUGGGAAGCUCUCUUCAUUUGGGCUGUUUUACAGAACCGCUCUGAAAUGGCGAUAUACUUCUGGGAGAUGUCAGGAGAAUCUGUGCUGAGCGCUCUUGGUGCCUGUAAGAUAUUGAGGGAGCUUUCCAAGCUGGAGAAUGAAACAGAGAGCAAGCUUGGCAUGAAAAAACUCGCACAGAGGUUCGAGAACCUGGCAAAUGAUGUAUUUGGUGAGUGUUACCAAAGCAGCGAGAGUCGCACCUUCACACUCCUUAUAAGGAAGUCUCCUGUGUGGGGCGGGGCAACAUGCCUACAGAUGGCUACUGCAGCAGAUGCCCGCCUUUUCUUCAGCCAUGAUGGUGUUCAGUCUCUGCUGUCUCAGAUCUGGUGGGGCGACUUGGAGAGGAGCACUGAUGUCUGGAAGCUGAUUCUUGCCUUCUUUGUACCUCCUUUGAUCUACACCAACCUCAUCGACUUCAGGGAACCAGAGGAGGAGAUAAAUCCUUUGGCAGUCCAGCAUAUCAGAGAAAGUGACAGCAUUGAGGGGAACGAUGCCACCGUCCUCUCCCUCGCAGACAUCGUUCAUAAUGAAGAAGAGUUGGAAGAACUGAAGACUUUGAAAGAAAACUUGAAAGGUCCGGUGCAGAAUAACUCCAGGAGACCGUUUAUUGUGUCAAGGUGGAGACAGUUCUGGUACGCGCCUGUCACCUCCUUCCUGGGCAAUGUGCUGAUGUACUUCCUGUUCCUUUGCCUGUUCGCCUAUGUUCUGCUGGUGGACUUCAAGCCUCCGCCCCCAGAGGGCCCGUCUUCUCUGGAGUUUGUGCUCUACUUCUGGGUUUUCACAUUAGUAUGUGAAGAGAUCCGACAGACUUUUUUUGGAGGCAGUUUGUUUUUACUCCAAAGGAUGAAGAAAUACAUCCAGGAUAACUGGAACAAGUGUGACCUCACAGCUAUUCUUCUUUUUAUUUUGGCUCUACUGUGCAGAAUAUUUCCCUGGUCAUUUAAUUUUGGCCGUGCUGUGAUGGCCAUUGACUACAUGGUUUUUGCCCUGCGUCUAAUCCACAUCUUUGCCAUCCACAAACAGCUUGGACCCAAAAUCAUCAUUCUUGGAAAAAUGGUGAAAGAUGUUUUCUUCUUCCUCUUCUUCCUGGCUGUUUGGCUCAUGGCCUAUGGAGUCGCUCAUCAAGCACUCCUCUACGCCUACGACCCCCGCCCUAACUGGAUAUUCCGCAGAGUCUUCUACAGGCCAUAUUUACACAUAUUUGGGCAAAUACCAAUUCAGGAAAUGGAUGCUGAUAAAAUGGAGGACUUCAGGUGCUCUUCAAACCACACAGAGAUCGAAGCAGGAGCUGAACCCUGUCCGAGUAUCUAUGCUAACUGGUUGCUGGUCAUCCUCCUGGUCAUCUAUCUGCUGUUCACCAACAUAGUGCUGGUCAACUUGCUCAUCGCCAUGUUCAGCUACACCUUCUCCAAAGUACAGGAGCACAGCGACACCUACUGGAAGUUUCAGCGCUACAGCCUCAUCGUGGAGUACCACUCCAGACCCUGCCUGGCUCCACCCUUCAUCAUCUUCUCCCAUCUCCACGUUCUCAUCAAGAGACACAUCCGCAGGAUUCCUUCUGUCAAGAGAGAGCACUUUGGUGAGAUGGAGGGGGGGGGCAGAGAGGGAAAUUAUGCUCGACUAUCUCUAACGCCGGGGGGGGCUCUGGGUGACAGGUCAGACGAAAAACGGUUCAAAAACCCUUAUGACGAGGACUACAGCGAGGUACGUGACGUCGCCCGGGGGAACCAUGAGGGACCGGUGCAUAGAGGAUUGGGCGGCAGUCAGAGGCGGAGACCUCUGCGACCUGAUCGGCGGGCGCUUAAACUGGCUCUGGGGACGUGGAACGUCACCUCACUGGCGGGGAAGGAGCCCGAGCUUGUGCGGGAGGUGGAGCGAUACCGGCUAGAAAUAGUUGGGCUCGCCUCUACGCACAUGUGGCAGUGUGACUGGUUAACCCUUUACUGGGCUCUGAUGCUGCCAAUCAUAGAUGCAGAGCACACAGAAUGUUUUGCAUCAUGUUGUGGAACUGAAUUGUCUUUAAUGAAGUCUUGGAACGAUCUAAUCAAUGGAGCUGCUGGUUUCUGCAGAGUGGACAGCGUUCUGAAGCAGAUGACAGAAAUCCGAGACCACGACCGACGGCUACGUCUGCUGGAGGCACAGGUCAGCAAACCAAACGCACCCAUCAGGCUUUUAUGGCCUCCACAGGUUUCCAUAGUUCUUGGUCCAAUCGCAGGCUCAUCACA